CCUUCGCUCGCACAACCAACAACACACUACACACAGCUAAGUAGCAGGAGCAACCAAGUCCGGUGACACUAAAGAAGAUACCAGCAGCGAGCUGAGUGAGCAGCUGGAUGGUGGCAACGAUGAGGCCAUCUGCCUUGCCGCUCUGCUUGCUCUUAGCUCUCGUCGUCGCCAAUGUCGCUAGCCUCGCUGAUGGAAGGGUUCAGGUGAUGACUGACCCCAAGGCGCCGGAGCCGGAGCCCAAACCUGAGCCACAGCCUGACCCGAAGCCUGCGCCGCAGCUUGACCCCAAACCCGACCCUAAACCAGUGCCAAAGCCUGAUCCUAAACCAGCGCCCAAGACCGACCCAAAACCCAAAAAGGACCCAAAACCAUCGCCGCAGCCUGACCCCAAAACAGACCCACAGCCUGACCCUAAACCCACGCCUAAGCCCAAGCCCGGCCCUGAGCCGGCGCCACAGCCUGGCCCCAAGCCACCCCAGCCGCCGGAACACGUGGCGUCGGAGCCGCCAAAUUCGCCCAACUGAUGCCUCAUGGGAGCCUCGUCCGCAGCAGCUAGCAUUUGAAAUAAGUGGCAGCAGGCAGCUUGAUUACUCUCCUAGCUGGGUGAUGGAGGACUAGCUUGCUUGCAUUGUUUGGGUUGCCACCUUAAUCAGUAGUAGCACUAGCAUUUGGAUGUGUUUUUAAUUAAUCCUGACUGAGCUUGUUCGGCUCAGCCACGCAUGUGUAUCUCGUUUGGGUUGUAUCUCAGCAUUUGUGUCACUACUUCACUUGUUUUUGUCAACAUGUUUCCGUCCUUCACUUGUUCUUGAAUAAAAACAUUUCAGUUCCAA